GCCUAGUACAGGCGUCUAGUGUCGUUAAUAACUUCAUACAAGCAAUAACUUCAAUGUUGAAUUUAGGUAUUAAUUCACAAAAAUGACGUCCCAUGAACAAUUCAGCCAAGAUCAACAGCCCGUACCAUUCAACCAAGCAUCUCACCUCUUAGUUUCAUUCACGCAGUUUCUUACCGUCUGCAUCCACAACAUCCUAUUCUACCGUUCCAUAUACCCGUCCCAGACUUUCCUCACCAGCCGAGCAUACAACCUCCCGGUGCAUCAGUCUCGGCACCCAAAAGUCUGCUCCUGGAUCCGCGAUGCUGUCGACGCCGUAAAAGCACAGCUGGUGUUGGGUGUCGUGGAGCGUAUCGCUGUUGUCAUCUACGACGGGCAGGCAAGGGUGAUGGAACGCUGGAUGUUCGACGUCGCUCGCUUUCCUGCCUGGAAGGGUUUCAAGGGAGCCAGUGGUCUCAGAACAGACGAAGAUGAUGAUGGUGCCGAAGGAGGAGGAGGAGCCGAGAACUUCGUCGACAAUCCCACAGAGGGGAAAGUAAACUGGUCGAAUGUGGAUGAGGAGCUCCGCGCUACCAUGAGAAAGCUGGCCUACGCUGGUGAGAAAAUGGGACCGCUUCCAGAAGGCUGCACCUUCACCAUUGCGGUAGAAUUACGGGAUGAGGGUGAGGCGCCGAUAGGGCACCCGCAACCUUGGAUUCCAUCGCAGUUAAAUCUACAGACGAAGUCCAAGGACAACCCGACGCCUGGUCAGGAUAUUGGUGGUGCCAAAACCACCCCUUUACGCGCUGUAGCAGCAGGGCCUCUGUUCUUCGAAUGCUGGGUUGAAGAGGGCAAAGCUAAAGAACAGCCUGCAUCUAUUACUUCGAGUAAAUCAUGAAGAAUUUAUACUAAUGAUAUGAUGCAUGCAAAAGUCGAACCCCCUGGAUAGUAG